AAACUUUGUCCAUUUUUCGCCAAGUUGCGGAUCAGUCAACUCUGUUGGUUACGUAGGGAAAAAUGAGAUUUUUGGUGUUUGUUGGACUGGUAGGUGUGGUGGUAUCGAGUGUCCAGGGGGUACCAGCCGUCAGCAAUAAUGAGGGUGCCAGAAACUCAAACAAUCAGUUCUCCUUUGAGAGUUUAUUACGACGGAAUCGGUUGAGAGCUGGAGAUCUGGACACUCAGACUGAGAACGAUUUGAGGAUCUUGGGAUUCUUUGAAGAGGAACUCAAUAAAAUAUUUAGCUGCUAUAUCCGCCUCAGUUGUCCUCGGACGCGAAAUAGGCAAGUGAUGGCAGAAUGUCAGGAAAUUCGAGACUGGCCCCUGUACCAUCAGGUCAUGAAAAUGGCUGGGAUUAAACAGUACCCUUACAACUCAUAUGGCCCCACAACGCCAAGCCCGACGACCACGACCAGCUUGCCACCCGUUGAACCUACCAUCAUCCAAGUGCUGGACAACGGGCUGAGUGCUGACGACGCUGAAAAUGAGAUUGACGACACACGCUCAUCGGCAGCAACACCUUGGAGGAAUCGCAAUGGCCGGAAUAGGAUUGGUUGAACUCAUUGAAUUCAUGCAAUUUCUACGCAGGAAUAGGGAAGUGAAAUCUUAAAGUGCUUGUAUUUAUUCGUCUUCGUAAGUACAUACAACUUAAAUAUCUCUAGAUUACAUAAUGCGCAUAUUGAACUUAACACGAUUCUGCAUGAGAAAUCAAUAGUACGAGUGAAAAUUCAUGAAAAGUAAGUAGAAAGUACAUAAAAUGUUGAUCUUGGAUUGCAUGCAUAAUACGUUGAGGAGUGUAGUGUUGCCGAUGAGUUCUAAAUGAGCUGAAGAUGAGUUGGCCUUCAAUUCGAUAUAACUAGUUACCAACUUAUGCAAAAUUGAAUUACUACGCAUUUUUGGACUCCCACAUAAAUUUUAGUUGAAAUGGUGCAAGUUUAAAAUAAAUACAAAAUUUUUAACUUUUUUUAAUUUGAGACCAAAGUGUAAAUGAGUUGUACGUAAAUGAGUUAUAAAUGAGUUUUGAACAAGCUCAAAAAUUUUCAAUUUUUUUAUUUCGUUAGAAUUUAGACGAUUGCAUCCAGAACUUAUCUGGGAGUCCAAAAAUGCUUAAAAUCUCAAUUUUGCUCGAGUUUGUGACUAAUUAUAGUGACUUUAAGGACAACUCAUUUAGAACUCAUCGGCAACACUCUGAGUGCAUGUGAAAACCAAAUUGUGUGUGUAAAUUUAUCAUGAAUUUAUUUAGAGAUAGGUUAUCCAACUUUUAUACAUAUUUUGCUAACAGCUAUAGUUAACCAAACCAAACACACUGCCAGUAGUUUUAAGAUAUUUUAAUCAUAAAUUAAUCCUUGUAAAAAUAAAUAGCUGUAAAUUUUUCUAAAUAUCUGUAUGUAGUAUGUAGAUAUGUAUGUAUGUUAUUCGUAGAUGUGUUGUGCAAAUGCAAGGUGUCAAGUAUCAAAGUAUCACUUAUUGUAAAGACCUCUUAGAUCAAACGUUAUCUGCAAACUUAUAAAAUUUAGAGCGUAGUAUUUUACCUCCACAAAAGUUGAAAGUUAAUAAUGCAUGCCUAAAUAAUUUGCAUGACUUUGAGCGUAAAUCUGGAUAUUACAAGUAUACACCAAACCAUCCGAACUUAACCAUGAAUCACGAUAUUGAGUAGCUACAUCAUUAAUUAUCAUAUUUAUUUGUAUCAAAUAGUUUCUAAAAUCUUUUCUCGUCAAUAAAUAUUAUAAAAUCUUCAA